GAUAAUUGCUAAUUUUUUCAGUCUCCCGCUCCGGUCUCCUUUCAAUAUUUCACAUUUUCACUUCCCGCAGUCCGCAGAUUCACAGAAGCUAGAUCUCAGAACGCGCCGGCCUGCCGCAACGCCCCCUUGCCGCCGCUCACCACAGUCCGCCGCCCACCGCUCAUUGGAGCACCGCCGCUUGCCGGUCACCGCCCGACGCCCACCACCUGCCGCUCACCGGAGUCACCGCCGUCGGGCUACCAUUUGAGAUCAAUAGAUCAUUGUUGUACCAACUACCAGUCUACCAAAAGGUUGUCCAGUGUCCACUGUCCAGCAAGCAGGCAGUCUAGGACUCAGGAGUCCAACUCUAGUCUCCACGAAAAAACAGUUGACGGAGUAGGCAGUAGGGCAGUGGGUAAGUUCACUUCUUGAGUGUUUUUUUUUUUCUUAAUAAUUUGGCCGGCGGUUUACCGGUAUAGUUGUAUUUUCUCCGGCUAAACCGCCUGUGGGUACCGGACUUGAAAUGUUGAAUGCUUUAAAUUGUGAAUGUGUACAGUGUAUUGAUUGAAUUCUUAUAAAUUUGUAUGUUUAUGACUUUAUGACUUGAAUUACCAAUUAUGGAGAUUAGGAUGUUAGCCACUUAGCUACUUCUUAUUGUUAAUUUGUGGCUUGUGAAUUGUGAAUUGUGGACUUAUAUGUAGUUUAUAUUUGUGGUUUUAUUGGACCUUACUUAUGAGAAUUUGUGGUCAAAGGAAAGCUUAUCAGUUUUCCCUUUGAAGUUUGAAUGGCAGAAGCAACUAAGCAAGUCAAGCAAGAUUUAUCAUUUUAUGAUUUUUAUCUCACAAAGACAUAAACAGUACACAUGAAAAAUUGAAAAGGACCACAAUUCCACAAAGGACAAAAUUCACAAAAUUCCUUAGGCCCUGUGAAUCUGUGAUUUGUGAACACGGCCUGCCAAUCACAAUUCACAAUUUAGCAAUCUUGUACCAAUUAAUUUGUAUUUAACUUUUUGGAAGGUAAAGUUAGGCACUUAGGCUAUUAUGAAUAUUUUAAAAUUGUAAGCUAUACACUAAUACAGUAAGUCAGGCUUUGAUAAGUUUGGUUGCUUUCUCAUUGAGAACUUUUUCUCUAAACUUUUAAUUUUGCAAUUCAAUUUAUUAAAUUGUAAUGUGCUCACUAGUCACUACUCAAUGUUCAUCCGGUUGACCCGUUCUAACUUCUAACUUCUAAUGUUCUAUCGAAUAUUCAAAUGCAACUAUGCAAGUAUUCAUUUAUCUCUUUAUUUAAAUUUUAAAGUGUCAAUGCUCAUCCGGUUGACCCAUUCUAUCGAAUUUGGAUCCGGUUGACUACUUGACCCGUUUUAUUGAAUGUAAGUAUUCAUUUUCGAUUUUAAUUUAGAUGGUUUAGCUCGCCCGAUAAAUCCGACAACCCGAAGUUUAGGGUUAGGGCUAGCCCGAAUCCGAGAAUAAAAUAAUAAUUAACCGACAACCCGAAUCCGAUAAGUCCGACAACCCGACAGGCUAGCCUGAAACCGAUAGGGCUGGCCCGAUUGACAUCCCUACUCGGGAAUGCUCAACUUCCUUGCCUCUUUUGCCUCUUUUCUAGAAACUAGGGUUGGUAUGCAGCUUGUGCGGUUGCGCAAUAGUGCGUGUCCUGUGUUCAAUUGAAGACUUGAAGCUGCCCCACUCCCUCUUAGUCAUGCCACCCUAUAUCACCACCUCUGCUCAGCUGCUGCUUUGUGCAUCCAAACUCUGAAUUUCCAAAGUCUGCACUCUUCAGAACUGGAAGGCAGAAAUCCUCAAAUCCAGAUUACGCAGGGUAGAGAGUAGACUGUACUGAUCAAUACUCCAUUUUGUAUCUCCGCCCCCGCCUCUCUCCCCUGCGACAACGCCGACUAGAGCUUUGAACUCCCCCUCCCUGUGGACCGAAGGCUGGAAAUUGAAGAUUUGAAAUUCAGAGCCAAGUUAAUUCCCCAACAUUGUUCUCCAUUCUCCAAAAAGUGUAUUCGAGAUCGAGAAGCCAUUGUAGGUACUCUUCCCCAACAUUAUACUCUUGCUUGGUUUUAGGGUUCUUUUCCCUCAAUUCAUGGACAUUGACCCCGAUAUUUCUCGAUGGAUUCUUGAAUUCCUCCUCCGGAAUCCUCUGGAUGAUGGCACCUCGAACGCUCUUAUCCGGGUCCUCCCUGCUAAUGACAAUCCGGGUCUCAAGAAGACUGUCCUUCUAAGAGGAAUGGAGUCAGAGGUUUCAAACGGUUCAGUUACUGAGAAAAUGCUCGGUCUCCUUGAGAAAUUUGAAGAGCUUGAAUUUCAAGAAGGAAUCCAAGCUUCGGAGGAAUUAAAGGCAGCAUAUUGCGCUGUGGCAGUGGAUUGUACCAUGAGAUUUUUGAAGAAGAAUGGCGGUGAGGAGAGUAGCAGAGGGGAGUAUUUUAGUGCUGUUAGGAGGAUAUGGAGGCAGAGGAUUUGCAGAAUGGAGAAAGCGGAUACGUCUGGGCUUGUCUCCGAGGAGUUGGGUAAUUGGAGGGAUGCAAUUGAGGCGGCCGUGUGGGAUGAUAGUUUUUGUGACAAUGUGAUAAAAAGGAGUGAAGAAGUUGAUGCUGUUGAGGCUGUCCAAGUGUUUGUUAAGGAAGCAAAGGAUAGAAUGGGGUCUUCGUUCCUUGAAUAUACAGCUGAAAUGCUAAAAAAUGAUAAUAAUUUGAGGGAGCUUCUUCUAUCAGAGAACAGAGAAGAUAAGGGUGAAACUGAUGGGAAAAAUGAUAAUAAUAUGAGGGAGCUUCUCCCACUGGAGAAUGGAGAAGAGCAGGGUGAAAUUGGUGGGAAUGAUGCAGCUUUGCCUAGUGCUAGCCAGGACACGGCACACCACAAUAAUGGUAGAGAAUUGCGUCACUCUGCACGCAAACAUACUAAAGCACCGCUGGUUGGGAUAUCCAGAGGUGCCAAGAUUGCUGAUAGGGAUGAUUUGAGAGCUGAGGCACACAAACAGUAUGAUUUACCAGCUUCUCCUGAGGUCAAUAAAGCACAAGAAGCACUUGAAACAAGUUUCAUGGAAUUGCGAGCCGUGGUUAAGGACCCACUUCCAGAUGCUUUGCUCGAAGCUGCAGCCAUUAUGUGUCAACUGUCUAGGCGAAAUAUGGAUGACCAACCUAUACAAGAAAAUGCAUCCAAGCGAAGCUUGAUGGAGCGGAACAGUACAGCCCAUGUACAUGAGUGGAAUGAUUCAUUUGAUAACUUACCUGAAGUAUCAGGCAAUCGUGAAAUAAGACCUCAGUUACCUACCCCAGAAAGAAGGAACAUAUCUCCUUUGAAAAAGUAUGAAAUUAACAGAUUGACAAAGAGGAGAAAAGCUAAAAAAUGGAGUUUAGUGGAAGAAGACACCUUGAGGACAGGUGUAGAGAGGUAUGGAAAGGGAAAUUGGAAGUUGAUUCUGCAUGCUUAUCGUGGCAUAUUUGAAGAGAGGACUGAGGUUGACUUAAAGGACAAGUGGAGAAAUAUGUCGUCCUAACUGGUCCAUUGGAGAAAAUUCAAUAGUGUAUAUACAUUUAUUUAUAGGUGACCCUGUAUAGCAUUUUCAUUUUCAUUUGUGUCAGGUUGUUCUUUAUGAUGCUGUCCUUGCCAGUUGCCCCUAAAAGCCAUGUGACAUGGUUGUAUUGUUAGAAAUGAAUUUAACUCUAUGAAAACAGGAAGCCUAUAAAAUCAUCUUUUAUUUUUGAUUAGUCUGUGAAAUUGUGUAUUUUUUACAAGUUGAUGAGAAUAAUGUAGUAGUACCUUAUCUUUGGAUUGUUUAUCGUAUUGUGGGUUGCAUUCA